AUGCCCCAGUUCUAUGAGCUGCAGCUAAUUGUUCUAACUAGCUUUUGUGCCCUUACUCUCCUCAUUGACCGACAUGUGACGCGACGCAAAUCAGUCAAGCUGUCGAUGGUCGUGGACCAUUGUCUUGAACAAGGCGUACCGGCUGCUAAUGGUGAGUCAAAGUCUCUUGAGACUUUGACCAGACAGUACUUGGUAGUUUAUGGGAUUGUGAUGGGAGCGGACUGGCUCCAAGGUCCAUACGUGUACUCACUAUACCGAGAGCAAUAUGGUUUCUCCGAGCGGAUAGUUGCCAUUCUCUUUGUGACAGGAUUUAUGUCGGCUGGCCUAGCAGCGCCUUUUGUCGGUAUUUACGCUGACCAACAUGGACGGAAGAGAACUUGCCUGCUAUUUUGCAUCACCUACAUGUUCUCUUGCGCUUGCAUUCUUUUCCCAUGGCUGCCGAUUCUCCUUUUCGGUCGUAUUCUCAGUGGGAUAUCGACGUCCAUCCUGUUUUCUGCGUUUGAGUCCUGGUUGGUGUCCGCCUCCACGUGUUUUAUGCUCCCCCAGUCGGAUAUAUCUGUCAUCAUGGGCCGAGCAACCUUACUGAAUGGCUUUGUCGCCACGGGGGCGGGAGUUGUCAGUAACGGAAUCGUUUCCAUUUCCAGCUCCUUCGCGUCUCCGUUUAUAGCAAGUGGGGCCUUGUUGAUGCUUGCAUGGGGACUCAUGCGAGUAUCGUGGAUAGAGAAUUAUGGCCAUGGAGGCAGCACUACAGACGAUGACUGGGAUAUCUUCCAGACCAGCCGGUUGAGAGCAGCGUGGAAUAUCGUUCAGCACGAUUCGCUUCUUCUUACCCUUGGUCUGACCCAGACAUGCUUUGAGGGUUCUAUGUAUCUGUUCGUCUUUCUCUGGGUACCAUCACUACAGGAAGUUUCCAUGUCAUCCGAACUUCUUCCCCUUGGAUACAUAUUUUCGUCCUUCAUGAUCUCGAUGAUGCUUGGAUCCCUCUUAUACACCGCCAUCGUCUCUCAUUCCCCCCCUCCUUCCACCGUUGCAGGAUCAAUAGACUCUCCGUUAACAAUACAUGCUAAGCUCAGCAGUAUGGUUAGUGCUGUCAGUGCCCUGGCAUUGGCAGUUAGCAUUUCUUUCCAGGACGAGAAAAUCUGCUUCUGGGCGUUUUGUGCCUUUGAGGCAUGCGUGGGCAUGUAUUAUCCUGUGCAAGGAACGCUUCGGGGUUUUCUCAUCACAAACGAACACAGAGCCACGUUAUCUGCGUUAUUCCGUAUACCCUUAAAUAUGUUUGUCGUAGUCUCCCUAUUAACGGGAGUCUCAUCUGUACGGUAUGCAGUUCUUACUGCAAGUGCCUUAAUGCUGGCAUUCUCGUCUAUCAUGACUGGGGCCAUCAUAGUGAAGCGCUCGGAUGGAGGGAAUCAACGACCCGCCUAG